AUGUUCUUCCUCACCGCAGCUCUCAUCUCCUCCCUUGCUGGGUAUGCAGUCGCAUGCGAUGCCUACAACAAGGGCCUCCCUACGCCGACAGACCAUGUCACUAGCAGCAAGGUCAUCGAAGUCAAGGCCGGCGAGGUCUACGAUGGUGGCUGGAAAAAGUUCGACCGUGGCUCCGGCGCGUGCAAUGGUCAGAAGGAGGGUGACUGGGAAGAUGCAGUCUUCUACCUCCACGAGGGCGCUACCUUGAAGAACGUUAUCAUUGGCGCUAAUCAGGCCGAGGGUGUCCACUGCACAGGACACUGCACCCUUGAGUUCGUUUGGUUCGAGGACGUCUGCGAGGACGCUAUCACGAUCAAGAACGACAAGGCCGGCUCGGAUACUUGGAUCGUCGGUGGUGGCGCAUACCACGCCGAGGACAAGAUCGUCCAGCACAAUGGCUGCGGCACCGUCAACAUCAUCAACUUCUACGCCAAGGACUACGGCAAGCUCUACCGCUCGUGCGGCAACUGCAGCAAGCAAUGCAAGCGCACCGUCAACAUCCAGGGCGUCGAGGCGCGCGACGGCGGCGAGCUCGCGGGCAUCAACAAGAAGUACGGCGACAAGGCCACGAUCACGGAUGUCUGCACGGACGCGAAGCAUGCGUGUGUGCUGUACAAUGGCUGCGCGGGCGACUGCGAGCCAUCGAAGGUCGGCUACUGCUGA